AUGGGUCACGAAGAGGAGCUGACACCGGAGGAAGUGGAUCUGAAAGUAUCGCCCUUUGUGGGUUCCCUUCGUCGCACUUGGAAUGACUUUUGUUCCACCAGCAGUAUCCAUGGAUUGAGAUAUACCCGCGAUGAGGACACCAAUAAAAUUGUGCACCUGGUAUGGCUGCUGAUUUCGCUUGUGAUGUUCAUUUGUGCUGUUGUUAUGGCGCACACCUUCUACAUGGACUAUCGCAGCAGUCCAACGCGAAUGAACGUGGAUAGUGAUCACACGCCAGUCAAUAAUCUAUACUUUCCACCAAUCACUAUUUGUCCAGAUGUACUUUUUAAUAUGCAAAAGUCGGAGGCUUUCUUAAAAACUCUACAACUACCGCCAGGAGCUGAGUUGAAAGGAAUUCUUCGAAAACUUCACAUUUUCUAUGGUUUUAUGUUAGACGAUGAGCGAUAUUCUAAGGAGGAUAUUGAUCAAAUGGAAUCUGUGCUUUCCUUGAACAAUCUCACAAUUCAACAAUUUGUGGAACACCUACGUUGGGACUGUAAUGAAAUUCUAUAUCGCUGCCGAUUUAAUGGCAAUAUUUUGGAUUGCUCAAAGAUUUUUCAGUUAUCGAAGACAUUCUUUGGUCACUGUUGUUCGUUUAAUUUGCGGCAGAAGGGGUUGGUUUUCAAUUUCAUCUUAAAAUUAUAUUCAACAAGUUUUAAUAACCGUUUUCUAUAUAGUCUUAACUUUACAGCCCAACGAGCUAUAGGAGGUAUGAAAUAUGGGCUUUCCCUAAUUCUACGUUAUAAAGAUGACAGCUAUGAUCCGGUACAAUCGUAUUCUUACGGAGUAAAGCUGCUAAUCCAGGAAGUUGAUGCCUUUCCCAGUGCCCAUGCUGCUGCUAAAUUUAUAGCCUUCAACACGGAGACUUUUGCUGCCCUCAGACCUCAGGAAACCUUUUGCUCUGCAGCUGUCAAGGCCUUAACCAUUAAGGAAAGAAAUUGUGUUUUUCAAAAUGAGUUCCAUUUGCGUUAUUUUUCGAAUUAUGUUUAUCCCAAUUGCGAGCUAAACUGCAGAGUAACCAAUAUGGUCAAGUUCUGCGGCUGUCACACGUACUUCUUUGACUUUAAUCGAACCACGGAUCGAAUUUGUACUUUCAGAGAUAUUCACUGUCUGGUGGAUAAUUUUGCUAAUAUAAUUACAAGGAAAAAGAGCACCCAAUGCUAUUGCCCUCUAACCUGUGAACACUUUGACUAUGAUGUCCAGAUAUCCAAUUUUCCUCUCGAACUAAACAUGCCAGUUGCGGAUAACUUCUACUCAGGAAUAGCCAAAAACGAUGGGAUACUGCAUGUCUUUAUCAAUUCCUUUAGCUAUCGACGCUUAAGACGUGACUUGCUUUCUAAUAUGGUUACUUUGGUUUCUAAUCUUGGCAGUGCCUUUAGUCUCUUUAUUGGCAUGAGUAUGCUCUCGGUGGUGGAGAUAAUCUACUAUUUUUCGGUAAUUCUGCGCAAAAACUAUAAUUUGGAAUGUGAAACGCGCAACAAGAUGCUUCGUAAGGGGCCAAAGUUUGCCUGGCCCAAAGCAAAUGAGACUCAUAAUAAACAACCCAAAUCAUAA